AUGGUGAAGACGGAAGUCCUUGGACGAGACUUGAAGAUGGCGUUGAUGAAGGUGACGGAGGUUGGUGAAGCUGGCGUUGCUGGCGUUGUUGUUGUUGGAGCGAAGAAGGAAAAAGACGGAAAGCGAGAAAGAAAAAAAGACGGGAAAAAGACGAUAGGUCACGUGGAGAGCAGGGCCGCCGGGGCAACCUCAAACGGGCGUGGAAAAGGAUGGCUUCCUAUUGGCUGA